GCAUCCGGUAAUCUUUAGUGCGAUUCUGUGGCGGUGUUUCGUCGUUUCGUCGUGGCCAAGUAACUGUGUUGUCGUUAUUGUCGUGUUCGUUGUUACGGACAAUUUUCUUCGCACUGAACUGUCUCACACUGACGGUCGCCGACUUGCUCGCCUACAUCUAGUGCUAGGAGCCACUGCUACCUGUCCCUUUCGUAAACGCCACCGAAGCCGUCUACACGACGCCAUUCGUCUUCGAACGUCCGCUGAUCCGCGCAGAGCAGCGUCGCCGCGAUGAACGCACCGCCGGCAUUCGAGUCGUUCCUGCUGUUCGACGGGGAGAAAAAGGUCACCAUCGAGAAGGACACGAAGGUGCCGAACGCGGCCAUCUUCACGGUCAACAAGGAGGACCACACGCUGGGCAACAUGAUCCGCGCGCAGCUGCUCAAGGACCCCUGCGUGUUGUUCGCCGGCUACAAGGUGCCCCAUCCGCUCGAGCACAAGUUCAUCCUGCGGCUCCAGACCACGCCGGACAACACUCCGCAGGAGGCUUUCACCAACGCCAUCACCGACCUCAUCAGUGAGCUGUCGUUGCUCGAGGAACGCUUUAAGGAGGCCGUGCGCGAGAAGCACGACGGCCUCGAGUAGUGACUCUGGGCUUCAAUCUCGCCGCUCUGAACGUUUACCAAGCAGACGCAUUUUGGGGCAAGAUGGUUGGCUCGUUUCAUAAGAGAGUCGCAG